GCCAAUAGAGUUCUGAGAGAGAGAUGAGAGAGAAUCAUCUUCAAACUCCUCAGAAGGAACAUCUACUAGCAAAUCGGAGAUCGAAGUCCAUGUCUGAACAGGCAAAGAAGCCACAAAAGAUAAGCAAAAAAUGCUUGAAUUCUGUGUUUACAUCAGUUUCAGAAGAUGUCUCGGUCGGAUCACCUAAGGACUCGAUCGAUUUCUCAUCAAUCUCGGAGGUUUAUGUCGACGGUCAAUUCGGUGAUUCCGCAGAGAGCUUCACUGAGUCGGUAAAUCCAGAAAUUUCGCCUUCAUUAGAGACUGCUGCUCCGUCUCAGCUUACUCCGUUGUCGUCCACCAUUACUGUCAAUAAUGAUGAGAACGGUAGUGUCUCAGUCAACCGUUGCAGAUCUGCUGAAUCAAACAGCGUGAAGAUUGGUUCCAUAGAGGAAGAGAUGGUAAUCAAUCAUCUCAGGCAAGCUAGAAUUGAGAUACUGAAUUCGGCUAAUCUUCAGUCUAAGAAGCUGUUGGAUGCCUUAGUCAAGGUAGUGAUCGAGGAGUUCUGUGGUUUGCCUGAGGAGAAGGACCAGUUUUCGGAACUCCUUUCAACAAAAGCUCACCUUGUGCUUCUGAGUUUCUUUCUGUGGAUCCUUGCUGUUGUAGGGGUUUUCUUCUUCAGUUUUGGUGUCCGAAGUUCUUUCAAUGGACUUGCACCAACAUAAGUCUUGCUUCGUGGGGUGUCCGUCUGCUGAUCAGUGGUUAAAUGUUGUCAGGUUAGCGUACGAAUCCAAACCUUCAUCUAGCUGAAUGAUUCACAUUUGGCGACUCUCUAGCCUUGUUGAGGUAUGCUGUCUGGUUUAGGAGAUAAAAGUCAUCAUAUACAGAAUGGCUCUAUUUGUUUUUGUAUCUACUACUGACAUUUCAAAAAAUUGCUUAUCUUACUAAUGGUCCGAGUGAAGAAGCCAAAUUAUAUAGAUAGUAGGCAAUGGUUUCUGGAUAAAAAACCAGUUUUAUGAAUUGUAUAUAAAAACACUAGUUGU